AUGUCUGCGUAUACAGCACCGGAAUGGUUAACUCCAAUAGAGCGCCGACCAAUGGGAGCAGAGGAGAGAGGAGUGGCGCUGGAUUCGAACGCAGAGAGAGUGUGGACACUGGACUGUGGAGCGGAGCGGUGUGUGUCUAGAAGAUAAAAGAAGAUGUCUUCAGUCUUUCGAAGUGUUGGUUGGAGAAACCACAAUGUAUUGGAAAAUAUUGAUGAACAAGACAGUCCUCAGCCUGACAAGUUCAGAAAAAGGCCCUCAUCAAGCUCUCUUAACACAAUGCGCAUGUCCCUUCGGAAGAGGAUGCCACUGAAGCAGGUGGAGAUGAACAUCAAUGCCGUGCCCGACUGGAGCAGGGUGGGAGUAAAGGAGAAGCAGCGCCCCUUGCAGUCCAUGACCGUUACAGCCAAGAACAUGUUUGGAGCCAUGUCAAAGAAAAUGAAGAAAAAUGACAGAAAAUCAAAUCCGUAUUUGUUGGAGUCUCCAGCCCAGGUGAGAGGGACCAGAAAACAAAGCAGUACUCCCAGAAGUAGUAGAAAAUCUACACCUAAAACUCCUAGAUGUCGACGUUUGGUAGAAGAAGCGAGCCCAAGUAAUAGGGUCACUCCAAAGUCCAGCAAGAGGGCAUCCCUCUGUACCAGAAAAAUCAGCAGCAACCAGUGGAAAAGCUUCUCCAAUAUAGUGGGGAACGAAGGACUAAACCUGAGAAGAUCUGUGAGGGCAGCAUCCCUGAGCAGCCCAUACGCUUCACCCGUGACUGUUAGCAGAAGAAGGCAGUUUGAGAAAGACCUGGAAUCUGUUUCUGCAGGAAUCCGGCAGCUGAAACGUCUCUCCAGGGUAUUUGAUGAUGCCAUCUUACAGGAAGAAAGGAAAGAAGCCAUUUUGAAUUACCACAGUGUAAUGACCAAGAAUCUGUGUUGUACUCGCCAUUCUCGGCUGUCUUGGAGAAGUACACGGAGACUGAAGCGUACACUUGAAGGCUGGACUGAGGUGGCUUUAACCAGUAUUGGCAACAUUGGCGCACGUUAACGAUAUACUCUGUAACCAGCUUUGUCUUUUUAUAUAUAUAUAUAUAUGUCUGUCCAUAUAGCUGUUACUAACUGCAGCACUGUGUGAGAUUGAGCAUCUGUUCAGUGCACUUGGACUUCAUAUGUUUCCGCCUUUAUUAUUCACUACACGAUAAUAUCCAAUCCCGUUUAUAACAGUUUUUUAUUUAAGACAGUCCAAACAUAAGCAUGUAUUGGAUGGCACUUAGUAUGACGUUAUCGCAGUACUAGAGGUUGAGCCUUGAAUAUUUUGGCAGGCAAAAAUAUUUAGCAAGGUGUACACAUAUUAGAACAAGUACCCACUAUUCAACUAAUAGUUUUGAGGCAGGCAAAAAAUAGGCAGGAGGUACAAAUAUGGCUGCCAAGUUAUUUGUACGAAGGCCAGCCCUACACAUAAGAUGACCUUCAACCAAAUGUUUGGCCGGCAGCAAUCGCUUCUGUUCUUCUCAUUCACAUGCCUGCUCAGCUCGGCCAAACAAACGUGUUCUCAAUAGAAAGAGGUAGGGGAAACCCAAUCUUUGUCUCUCAACAUCUACCAUCGGGAGAGAGUCUGGAGGUCCACCCUCACACACUUGAUGUUUUGGCCAGUUCGGCCAACAUACAAUUUAGAUGUAUGUUCAGAUUAAGCCUGUCUGCACACCAAGUGCUUUAGAUACAAUUAUAAAGAUUCCUGUGUUGUCCACCAUGCGGUUAAAUGAGACAAAGUGAUCUAUUCACUGCACGACUGUAGGCACAUUUCUUGAUUUUACUGAUAUUGAUGAAGAUAAGCUAAUGAGCAGCUAAAAAAGUUUUUGAACGAAAGCAGUACGCUUUUAUAAAGCAGUAUCCCUAAUAUUAAAACUCUGUAGGCUUCUCUACCUAUUAUUUACCGUGCUUGAAAUGAAGGAAACACUUUUUGUACUUUGUAAUAUCAGAAGUGUGUAUAUCUUUUGUAUUAUAAUAAUCUUUUC